AUGUCUAUAUCAUCGAUGGAAAUUUUAUCGAACGAAUGUUUUUAUGACAUCUUUGAUUAUCUUAAUGGUUAUGAAAUUUAUCAAGCUUUUUCAAAUCUUAACGAUCGAUUUGAACAAUUGAUUAAUUCUUCAUCUCUUUUAUUUAAAACUGCAGUUGAAAUAAGGAGAGAUGAACCAUUUAGAAAUUUUACAAAUCAAAUGAUACAUUUGAAUAAACACCAAAUAUUUUCGUUACAUUUAAGUUUAACAGAUCCUAUCGAUUCAUUUUUCUCGGAAUUGAUUCUUGAUUCAUCAUUAAAUAAUCUUCAAUCAAUUAGUAUUCGCGGCAUUGAUUCACACGCAGUUGUCUCAUUUUUAAAGAGUUUAGCGUAUUUACCUCGUUUAUUUUCAUUAUCUAUUGAUACUUUUGAACUCAAAGGUUUUAAAGAUUUAAAUAUUAUUUAUCCAUUGAUAUUCACUUUACCCAAAUUAAAAUUUAAUAAACUUGGUUUUAUUUAUGGACCUCAUAGUUCAAUUUUACUUCCAAUGAUUACAAAUAAACAAUUUAGUUCUAUUAAACAUCUUGUUAUUAAUCAUUCUUGCACUUUGGAACAACUUAAUCGUAUUGUUUCCUAUACACCACAACUUCAUCGUUUGAGUUUUACUGAUGAAGAAGAUGAUAAUAAUACAAAAAUUGAUAAUCAUUUAUUAUCUAUAUUAUCACAAUUAACACAUCUUAAAAUAAAAAUAUAUCAUACAACAUUUGAUAGAUUAGAAAUGUUGAUUAAAAAUACAAAUUUGAAAUUAAACUCUUUAUCUCUUGAUAUUUGUUUGGAAGAUGCUAAUUAUCUUGAGAGUGCUCGAUGGGAAAUAUUGAUUUUAAAAUAUUUACCUCAAUUAAAUACAUUUCAUUUCGAUUAUACUGAAGAUAUGGAAGGUCGUAAAAAAUUAUCAACACAUUUGAAAUUGGAAGAAUCCAAUCAAUUUAGUUCAUUAUUUUGGUCUGAACGAAAAUGGGUAUUAGAAACUAAAGUUAAUUUUGAAUUUAUUACAUAUUCAAUUCGCCCUUACGAAAAAAGAUGGUAUGAAUACGCCCAACAACCAAUUAUUAAUUCUUCUCUUCAACUUUCGAAAUCUGCUCGACUUAAUUUUACUUAUAUUCCUAUGUAUGACUCUCCUAAAGUACCAAUUUUCGUUGUUAAUUCUGUUUUAACUGCAACAAAUAUUUAUCAUUUAAUUUUUACAAAAACAGAAGCUUCUAUUCGUCAUUUAAUUUAUCUUAUAAAAGUCAUACCUGACCUUACUACAUUAAAAAUUCAUGAUCUUGUAUUAAAAGAGCAAAAUUUAUCUACAAACGAGACAGACAUAUUUUUAUUCAUAUCCAAAACAAAUAAAAUUACUAAAGUUUACUUGGAAAAUAUGACUGGUAUUGAACAAGUAGAUAUUCUUAUCAAACUUUGUCCACGAAUGAAUUAUUUACAAAUUAAUAAUAUUAAUGAUAUGGAAGUUGAACUAUUUCUAAAAGAGAUUUUAAGUAUACAAAUGGAAGAUAUCGACAACUGUCUUUGUUCUUUAUGUUUUCGUAUUCCAUUACUGGAUGAUCAAAUGAUGGAAACAUUAGUAGAAAUGAUUAACCAUGAAAAACUACUUAUUAAUUAUACAAUUAAACGUAUUUGUGAUAAUAUCUAUUUACAUUGGAGAUGA